GCUGCAGUGCACCUCCACUACUUUGUGCUGCCGACUUCCUUCUUUUAUUCUGGAUGUGCGCACAUACGGGAAGAAAGAGGGAUAAGAGCAUAAAUUAAGAUGUAGAAGAAGAACAAACCAGGAUGUAAAUGUCUUGCACCGCUGGAAGAAGAAAAGAGUCCUCCUCUCGUCCACAUCUGGAUUAACUAUUUGGACUCUCGCUUCUGCUUCGGAUUUGGACUCCUUCUUCUUUUUUUUUUGCUCCUUUUUUGGGUCGAGUUUCGUGCUCGACUAUGUGUCGGUUCAAAUGGGAGCAAACAACGGAAAACUGUAUGGAAGUGAGGGCAAAGGGAGCUCCAGCAUCUCCUCUGACAUAAGCUCCAGCACCGAUCACACGCCGACCAAAGCGGCCAAGAAUGCGACUCCCAGCGAAGGUUUGGACUCCAGCACCAGGACGCUGAGCACCCCCAGUCCAGGUCUCAAGUCCUCCUCGCUCUCCUCGCCUGCCCUCUCCAGCAACGGCCAUGACACCAACUCCACGUCGUCCUCCUCCGGCGCCGCCGAGACCGUCGCCGUGGUCCACCCCCAGCCCGGCGGCCACACCCGUUCCCGCCCCUCCAAAAGCCACGCCGCGGUGGACCUCCUCCCCGACCACGCCCUCCUGCAGAUCUUCUCCCACCUGGCCACCAACCAGCUAUGCCGCUGCGCCCGCGUGUGCCGCCGCUGGUACAACCUGGCGUGGGACCCGCGGCUGUGGGGCGCCGUGCGUCUGACGGGGGAACUGCUGCACGCCGACCGCGCCGUCCGGAUUCUCACCCACCGCCUGUGCCAGGACACGCCCAACGUGUGCCUCACCUUGGAGACGGUGAUCGUCAGCGGGUGCAAGAGGUUCACCGACCGCGGGCUGCACGUGUUGGCGCAGUGCUGCCCCGAGCUGCGCCGCCUGGAGGUGGCCGGCUGCUACAACAUCUCCAACGAGGCCGUGUUCGAGGUGGUGUCGCGCUGCCCCAACCUGGAGCACCUCAACCUCUCAGGCUGCUCCAAGGUGACAUGCAUCAGUUUGACCCAGGAGGCGUCGCUGCAGCUGUCGCCGCUUCACGGCCAGCAGAUCUCCAUCCACUUCCUGGACAUGACCGACUGCUUCUGCCUGGAGGACGAGGGCUUGCGGACUAUUGCCACGCACUGCCCCCGCCUGACGCACCUGUACCUGCGCCGCUGCACCCGCCUGAGCGACGAGGCCCUGCGCCACCUGGCCCUCCACUGUCCGUCCAUACGGGAGCUCAGCCUCAGCGACUGCCGCCUGGUGGGCGACUUCGGUCUACGUGAGGUGGCCCGCCUGGAGGGCUGCCUGCGCUACCUGAGCGUGGCCCACUGCGCGCGCAUCACCGACGUGGGCAUGCGCUACGUGGCCCGCUACUGCCCCAAGCUGCGCUACCUGAACGCGCGGGGCUGCGAGGGGCUGACGGACCACGGCCUGGGCCACCUGGCCCGCAGCUGCCCCAAGCUCAAGUCUCUGGACGUGGGCAAGUGCCCACUGGUGUCGGACGGCGGCCUGGAGCAGCUCGCCAUGUACUGCGGCGGGCUGCGGCGGGUCAGCCUGAGGGCGUGCGAGAGCGUGACGGGGCGGGGGCUCCAGGCGCUGGCGGCGAACUGCUGCGAGCUGCAGCUGCUCAACGUGCAGGAGUGCGAGGUGGCGCCGGAGGCGCUGCGCUUCGUGCGGCGCCACUGCCGCCGCUGCGUCAUCGAGCACACAAACCCCGCCUUCUAUUGACAAACGGAUGUAUUCCUGCUCGAUGCGAGAACGGAGCCCCGUGGAAUGUAUUUAACGUAUUUAUCGGGGAUCAGGGCUUUUCAUAACAUCACAUUCUGCAGCAGCUUGCUAGGACACCUUUGUAAAUUAUUCUAUUUUUCAACUAUCACCAGGACUAUUUAUGGUGUCUCACAGAAAAGGCACACUUUUUUUUGUUGUUUUUUUACGAGGCGCUCACUUUAAUUGACAAUCAUCUGAUGAAAUGAACACAUUGCUGCUCUGACUUUGCCAAUAAAGUCCAUGAAAGCCUUCGCAGACGUCGUCUUGGACUGUUUCAGAGUCAUAAAAGUGUUUACAAUCAGGAAGUGAAAG